AUGUCGACGCAGUUGGCUCCUUCUCCUUCAACUACCACGACGCCGCGUUGGGACAGCCGGAACACAAGCUUUAUUUCUCCUACUCGUCUACAGGAACUCCGUGCCAAUACCCCACGACAUCACUUCACUUCAUCCCCCCAGCAACAGCCGCUGCAGUCUUCUCAGCCAACUUCGCCGCUAUCAGCUCCGCCAAUGGAUGCUGCUCAGCGCCCACAACAACAGGGCCACGGUCGCGCUUCCUCUUUCUUUGCUUCCUUUCGCAAGCAGCAGCAGCAGCAGCAUCCUGACGCUCAGCAGAACGGCCCACAAGUCCAGCGCAAUCCUUCCUUACUUUCACGAACAAAUUCUAAUAAUCCUAUCGGACCACCUCCACCACCACCUCACCACUCGGAAACCGCAGCUUCAGGCGCGCAGCGACCACCGAUUGCUCGUUCACCCACACAAGCUAACCCUAACUGGCUCUCAGAACAUCCCGAAAUUCGUUCCGUUGUCGGCCUGACCAUCGCACAUGCCCAUAAAAUCUACUUCUCUGGUCCUCUCAUUCGCAAGAUUGAGCGUGGCGCCGAAGGUCAGCGGCCGACGAAAGAUGAAGGAUGGGUCGAAGUCUGGGCGCAGCUAGGCGGCACGACUCUCAGUGUAUGGGACAUGAAGCAGAUCAAAGAGGCCAGCCAGCAGGGCAAAGAGGUGCCGCCUGCCUAUGUAAAUACAACCGAUGCUUUUGUCACCGUUUUGGGUUCCAUUACGGUUCCUGCCACUCCUUCUCAAGCAGCCCAGCGCUACGCAAAUGUUCUCACUCUUAACACCGCAGGCUCAAACCUGCUAUUAUUUUCAUGUCCCUCCCCAGAAUCACUCAUUUCAUGGGCCGCUGCCCUUCGUCUCUCCGCUUGGGAGAAAUCCCGUCUUGAAGAAAUAUAUACCGCGCACUUGAUCAGAAUAUUCCUCAAAGCUCCCGAUAUGCCGUCAAUGCUCAACCGCGGCCGCAUGGAAGGUUGGGCACGGAUUCGCAUAUCUGGCCAGACCGAUUGGAAACGUGUAUGGAUAGUCGUUAGCGCAGCGACCGAAGGCGAGCGUACCAGUAAUGACGGCAAUGGCCCAAGUUCGUCGCCGACACUUGGAGUGGGGACCAAGAAGAAGCGAAUGUCCAAUUUAUUUGGCCGUGAAGCUAGCCCUCAACGUUCAGGUCCAUCCAAGGCUUGCUUCACCAUGUUUGCGUCUCAGAAAGUCAAAGACAAGAAGAAGGCCUUUCUUACCAUGACUGACAUUACCCAAGCCUUUGCCGUUUAUCCAGAGAGACCUGAACUGAUUAGUAGGAGCACUCUGAUAAAGGUCGAAGGGCGCAUUGGUAUGGAAGAUACCGCUGGUGGAAUGCGGAAUCGUGAAGGCUGGGUUCUCGUAAUGCCGGAGCUAGAACCUGAAAUGAGCCAGGCAACUGAGAUGUUGAAAUGGGUUGAGGCUUUCCAUGACGCGUUCAUGCUAUAUGGACGUCCUCAAUCAUGGGUGUGGGACCCUCGGAAUCCUAUAUCCUUAAUGUUUGCCUAUCCUGUUGGACCACAGAAAGAUCUUCUCUUCCUUGACAGGGAACUAGCGGAGACGCUGGACCCUCGAGACGACGCAACUUCUAUCGUCCGUUCCCGACUUCUUGGUAUUCUCCAUGAUCGUAUGCGGGGCAUGGAGCCGCCGGCGCCUCAAAAUCAUAUACAAGCGUCGUCUUUGACUUCUACUGGUCUCGGUAAUGGCCCGCAACAGUCCCGAACAGUCUUAUCUGGACCUCAGUUGCCACCUCUCAGCUUCGACAACACACAAAAUCAGCCUCAAGAACGACAUCUACUUACACCCAUCACGGAGCAAAGCAGUAUUUACACUCAUGGGCGACCGAUGUCUGUUGACGGGCAGAGUAUCUUAGGGCGGCGUCAGUCAGCGAACGUGACUACUGCGACACAGUCACCUGUGCCUGAGGAAUCUGGGGCCAAGGAGUCUACUUUCCAGUCUGCCGAAGCUACGCCGCACUCUCCCAGCUCCUUACCAAAGAGUCCGGCCCAACCGUUAGUAGCUGUUCCCGACAAGGAUAACGUAACUGGUGGACUGUCUAACCAAGGACCAAACCGUUCAAGCCACGAAAUCCAGCAAGCACCCAAAAGGUCAUCCUUGGAACCACCUUCGCCUCGAGCGCCAACUUCACCAAAAGUGCAAACGCCCGUUUCGUCGAAACCGCUUCCAAGUUCUCACCCCGUGCCAUCUCCGACAACGUCUCCAGCUCCUGGAUUGCAAGAGAACACACGUUCAUAUUCUCCUUCAUCAGUACUGACUUCGCCCUACUCUGCUGCCACUCAUUCGGCGUUAGGUGCAUCUGUUAUGACAUCCCCAUCCGCUCUAACGUCGCCAUAUUCAUUGGAAACGCCCAUUUCUCCCUCAUCACCAACAGCUGCAAGGCGAUCAUCCCAUCUACCACCAAUACCCCAAGGAACUCCUCCGGGAGCAGCAGAAGACAGCAUUGGCGGUGAGGCGGGGGCAUUAUACUUCAUGCAGUUUGACAAUAAGGGACCAUCUCCAGUCACAUCCCCACGUCUAGUACCUCCACCUGCAGAAAAUGAGAAAGAUGAAGAUUCGUCGUCGAUUGAAUCAGAACUCAAGCCUACGAGCGCCACAAGUCGUGUGUCCGUGACAUCGAGUCCUGCUACAAGCACGCGGUCACCACAUCGUACAGGCACACCGAAAGCUUUCGCGGACCAACCGGCGUCACCCCCAAGGGAACGGCUGAGCCCGAUUUCGCGGCAGGCCCUCGGGCGAAAACCAUCAGGAGCACGUGCUCAGACCAAAAAAGCGCAACGCGUCUCUUCACCUUCACCACCGCCCGUCCUUGAAGAAGAUACCCAGAGUGACGACAGCAUGGAUCCCGAAAUUCGUACGCGAGCUGCAGCUGAUAUCGGACCUGUUGAUGAGGGCAACCUUGAUGCGCUGGCAGCCUUGUCAUACCUCGACGAUGACCAACCACCCCCGCCAUCUCACACGACGAAAGGACACGUGGAACCACUUCGGACUCGUCAUGGAGAGCAACUACUCCCGACGCCGCCGCAACCAGCGACUGGAGAACCGGCAGCACCCUAUAAAUCCUCUUUUGCGCCGUCCAAGUCGGCGGCAGAGCGGAAAGCAAAGGUUCAAGCGCAACAGGCAGCGCAGCAAGCCGCAGCGCACCGUCCCGGGAGAGCCAAUGGUCGAAAGAAGCCGAGGGGUAAUGAUGCGUGGGUUGAGAGCAGUGAAGAAGACGAGGAAGAGGAGGAAGAGGAGGAAGAGGAGGAGGAUGUCGAUUCUGAUAAAGAGCCUGCCACGAGACCGCCUUCAGCCCCUGCCUCCACCAGCACCCAUACCGCCAAACCGCAGUCUGAUUAUGGACCUGAUCAGUCCCAGUACACUCAUUUGCGACCGCCCAGGACGUUGCCUCAAAUUCCAGGAAGCCGACCUAAAUCCGCUGAACCUGAAGAGUUCCCUCAACGUCGGAAUGAUUCUGAACAGCAACAUUCCGAAGCCGCCAGACGUACUCAGUACGACGAAGGCACGCAGAUCCGCUCUCAAGCCGAUUAUCCACAGCUCGGUGCUGCUCGUCAGUCAAUGUGGAGUCAAGUUCUCGAUCCAGGACGUCCUGCUGUUCUAUCCCAGGAACGUGAUACAUUUGUCCAACUUGAGUCACCUUCGCAGACCAUGACGAAAGCCUUCACACCGCAAGGUUUGCUGUCAGCAGGUCUUCAAGACAAACAGGAUCGUUCUGCGAAACGUCAGGAAGAACUCGCGCGUGAAAACGGUGCCUCACUCAUCAAUGUUCCUAACAAGCCUCCGCCACCGCAGACUGGUCUGCUGGGCGCUAUUACUGCUCACGAACGAGAACGAAAGCGUGAAGGCGGCGUUGGGGCUGCAUUGACAGAACGCGAGCGGGAAAAACGGAUGGUGGAGGAGAGACAGCGCAAGUUCGACGAGCAGCAGCGUCAACAGAUGGAGAUGGGAUCGAUGUAUGGCGGGCAGUUCAAUGGGUUCAAUCCGAUGAUGAACCCAAUGAUGAUGGGUAUGAUGGGUAUGAAUCCGAUGAUGACUGGGCAAGGGAUGAACCCGAUGAUGACCGGGCAGGGGAUGAAUCCAAUGAUGACUGGGCAGGGGAUGAAUCCAAUGAUGACCGGUCAAGCCAUGAAUCCGAUGAUGACUGGGCAGGGCAUGAACCCAAUGAUGACAGGUCAGGGCAUGAAUCCAAUGAUGUCCGGUUUCCCUGGGAUGAUGCCCGGUUACAAUCCCCAGCAGAUGUUCGCUGCACAACAAGCUGCUCAGGCGUACCAACAAGCUAUGAUGGCGUUCUCUGUCGCUGGUUCGCAAGCUGGAGGUGAUGGUGCAGGAGUUCCCCAGCAGCCGCUUAAUCCCAUGAUGACGGGUGGGUUUGACCCUCGCAUGUCGAUGAUGAGUAUGCCAAUGAUGGGGGGACAGGUGCCGUCGUUGGGUAUGCAGAUGACAGGCAUGUCGAGCUUUGAUCCGCGAUUCACUCCGAAUAAUGGUCUUCAAGAUUCAAGUCUUCAACCACCUAACGCCCUUUCCGGUUCACCAAAACAAUAUGCUUCGAAUGCAAGCUCUCCCGUUGGUCGUGGAUCUCCACUUGCUAGG